AUGUCUUUCAGAGGUGGUCGUGGUGGUUUUGGCGGUGGUGAUCGUGGUGGCCGUGGAGGUGGUCGUGGUGGUUUUGGUGGUGGUGACCGUGGUGGCCGUGGCGGUUUUGGCGGAGGCCGUGGUGGUGGUCGUGGUGGUUUUGGUGGUGAUCGUGGUGACCGUGGUGGUUAUGCUUCAGGUGAAAAUAUUGAAAUUGGUGUUUUCUCUCAUGUUUGCGAAGAACAAAUUGUUUGUAAAUUAACAGCUACUGAACAAGUACCAAAAUUCAAUUGUAAAGUUUUAUCAUCAAGUAAAAAUACCAUUGGUUCAGUUGAUGAAAUUUUCGGACCAAUCAAUAAAGUAUUUUUCAGUGUUAAAUUAGACAGCGGUGUCCAAGCUACCUCAUUCAAAGAAAACGAUAAAAUCUUUGUUGAUUCAAACUCUGUAUUACCAAUUAAAAUCUUCCUCGAAGAACCAAAACCAAUUGCUAAAGUACCAAAAACACCAGGUGCUGGUGGUGCCGGUAGAGGUGGUCGUGGUGGUGCUAGAGGUGGUUUCGGUGGUGGUCGUGGUGGUGGUGCCGGUAGAGGUGGUUUCGGUGGUGGUCGUGGUGGUUCUAGAGGUGGUUUCGGUGGUGGUCGUGGUGGUGGUUCCGGCUUCGGUGGCCGUGGUGGUUCUAGAGGUGGUCGUGGUGGUGGUCGUGGUGGUUUUUAA